AUGCCCUCUGACAAGACGGCUGCAGCCAUAUCCAUUCUGCAGAAGACGUACGACGAGAGCUACCUGACGUGCUCGACAGCCAUAUACUUUGAAAGCCAAGGUAACGAGCGCGAGGCGCUUCGUUAUUGGAGACAGGCUCUUGAGCGCAUCAGUACGCAUAAUGCCAGCAAUGUUCUCCCUCCCACCACGCGCCGUCAGGAAGCAGAACGAGCCCUGGCAGACAGCCUUCAUCAGCUGGAACUGCAAUGUAAGGAACGGAUCGACCUCCUCGAAGCCCUCCGUCUCUCACGCGAAGAAGCCCGGCGGAACAGUGCUGCCUCUUUUGGCAGCAAAACACCCAAAUCUCGCUCCGGAUCGCCUGACAAGAUGCCGCACAAGAAGCAAGACCCGGGUUAUAUCGGAGAUGGGACCAUUCCAGCUGUCAAGUAUGCCGACCUGCCACGGCCAGACCUUGCCAGCCGGACACCGAACCGGUCCCGGUCUUCGUCAAAGAAACCAACUGCGGAUACCGGGGUGAACCAUUCCGAUCCCGUGUCUCCGUCGCCAUUACGCAGACAAUCUUCGUCGGCCCCCGUUUUGCCAUCCUCCGAGAAGAAGUUAUCCAAAGCGUCGAGCCCCGAAAGACAUAUCCUACGAACCACAUUACGGCCUGCUAAGACGGAAGAUAAACCCGCGAAGCUCACAACGAAACGGUCUAAAGACAAAACCGAAUCGCGCCCUGGAGCUAGCAAGGCUGCAGUAUUGGCUUGGAUUUCGGCCGAGCAACAACAUGCUUCUGGAGUGCAGACACCGAGAAGCAGUCAGGAGCUGCCCCGCUCUGUCUCAAGCCCUCCGGUAUCCACUGACCAAAUAUUGAAGAAGCAUGAUGAAGAACGAAGGAGCCUGGAACGCCAACGUUUGCCUUCGGCUGCAGCCCCUUUGGAAGGACUCCGACAAUAUGGCGAGGGUCUACAGAACGAAUGGGACAGAACAGCCAGAGAGAUGAAUAAUCGCUUCGCGAAUCUAGCAGUAGCCGGGUCUCCAGCACACAGUCCAGGUGUCAAGCCCGACAAAAAAGCGAAAAAGGAUUUGACAGGCGCGCGCAGACCCGAGGAUAUCCUAGGCUCACGGCCUGAUCCCCUGUCCAUCAGCGCGGCUUCUAGCGCGUUGAACUCUCUUUCGCUCAGAACCUCGAAUGGUCAGCCAUCGCCGACAGCUCCCGUGCACCCAUCGCCCCAUCAUACCAGAAGGAAGUCAGGCACUAUGCCGGGAUUCUGGGACUUGAUGAUGGAAACUACCAUCAAGGACAGCCGGCCUACUCCAAAGAAAACUAUGACGGAUCCUGCAUUGGUCGUUUCGCAGCGAUCUGCUUCUAAGGGAAGCUCAGGAACGAAGGACGGGCUCCUCUCUACCCCUUCAGGUAAAACAACCAGUGGCUUGUUGGAUGGGAGCAGCAAGAAAGAGCCCAGCUUCGAAUAUGUUUCGAGGUCUGCUUCUAGGGCGCACUCGCCGACAUUAGAUGCAAUCCUUUCUCCCCCAUCCGGUAAAGUGCCUUUUACUCCAUUGGAGGGAAACAGCAGAAAGGAUGCAUGGCCCGAGACGAUCAGUUAUAAAGAACCUCGUCCAGAAGAUAGCAGAAGAAGGGUGUCCCGGUCAAGGCGACCUUCAUUCAGUAAUCCAACCUUCCCUCCAUCGGCCUUUCAAACUCCAGACAAGCUAUCACGUCCUAGGAGGAAGAGCGAUGCGCAGUUUGAACUCUCGCCCAGUACCAAUUCGACAGUGCAGUCACCAGUGGUUCCUCAAGAGGAAGAGAUCAUGAGCCCGGCAGACAAGUGGAAGAGACAGAGAGAAGGUAUCCUCAAGAAGCUUCCGCCGGGCGUCGACCCCAAGGCGGCGAAGCAGAUCCUCAACGAAGUUGUCGUGCAAGGUGACGAAGUCCACUGGAGCGAUAUCGCCGGCCUGGAAGUCGCCAAGAGCGCCCUGCGCGAGACCGUCGUCUAUCCCUUCCUGCGUCCCGAUCUCUUCAAGGGGCUGCGCGAGCCGGCUCGUGGUAUGCUGCUGUUUGGCCCUCCCGGAACCGGCAAGACAAUGCUUGCGCGUGCGGUUGCUACCGAGUCGAAAUCGACCUUCUUCUCUAUCUCGGCCAGCAGCUUGACGAGCAAGUGGUUAGGUGAGUCGGAGAAGCUGGUUCGCGCGCUUUUUGCACUGGCCAAGGUCCUCGCGCCGAGUAUCAUAUUCGUGGAUGAGAUCGAUUCACUGUUGACGCAGCGCUCGGGGAGGGGUGAUCAUGAGUCGACGCUGCGGAUCAAGACUGAGUUCUUGAUCCAGUGGAGCGAUUUGCAGCGUGCGGCGGCUGGGAGAGAGGUGGAAGGAGUUGAUGCCAAUGCCAGCCGGGUGCUGGUGCUGGCGGCAACAAACUUGCCGUGGGCGAUUGAUGAGGCUGCGAGGAGGCGGUUUGUCAGGAGGCAAUAUAUCCCGCUGCCAGAGCCAGAGACUAGGGCGAUGCAGAUCAAGACGCUGCUUAAGCAGCAGAAGCAUACUCUGACUGAUGCUGAUAUUGAGACCCUUGUUGGCUUGACGGAUGGAUUUUCCGGAUCAGACAUCACGGCGCUAGCCAAGGACGCGGCGAUGGGACCGCUGCGGUCAGUCGGUGAUGCGCUACUGCACAUGAGCAUGGAUGAGAUACGGCCUAUAGAACUAUCUGAUUUCGUUGCCAGUUUAUCGACUAUCCGACCAAGCGUUAGCAAGUCUAGUAUUAAGAAGUACGAGGAUUGGGCCAAGGAGUUUGGAGAACGCGGUGGGUAA